CUAAGUACAACUUUUCCGUACAAUAAUUGAUCAUAAAUGGGAAACCUAAAACUUUUCUACUUUACUUCUCCACGAAGUAGUCUUGUUCUUUGCGAGCUUUUAAGUAGACCAAGACUUAACUCGUUUACCCAAACUCAUGGAGAUGACACCGAAGGAGCACAUUGAGAAUAUACGAAGGAGCAAAUACUCGAUUGGGGGAGAACCAAACCCACUGCGUGAGGACUUGCACCAAGCCACAAAGAACCUCUCCACUGAGCUUUAUGCCAAAGAUGUUCAUUUUCUCAUGGAGCUCAUUCAGAAUGCUGAAGAUAACAAGUAUGCUGAAGGAGUGAGUCCAUCACUUGAAUUCAUCAUAACAUCAAAGGACGUAACAGCCACUGGAGCUGAAGCCACAUUACUAAUUUUCAACAAUGAAAAGGGUUUCUCUACCGAAAACAUUGAAUCUAUAUGCAGUGUUGGACGGUCCACAAAGAAAGGCAACAGGAGUAGUGGUUACAUAGGCGAGAAAGGAAUUGGUUUCAAGAGUGUAUUUCUGCUUACUGCUCAUCCUUAUAUAUUUAGCAAUGGAUAUCAGAUACGGUUCAGUGAGAAACCUUGUCCACACUGUGACAUCGGGUAUAUAGUUCCUGAAUGGGUUGAUGAGAAUCCAUCCCUUGAUGACAUAAAGCAGAUAUAUGGUGCUGGUUCCCUCCCAACUACCACAAUUGUCUUACCUCUAAAGCCAGACAAGGUCAAACCUGUGAAGCAACAGCUCUCAAACAUUCAUCCAGAAGUUCUGUUGUUCCUUUCAAAAAUCAGACACCUGUCUGUAAGGGAAGAUAAUGAGGAUCCCAAGCUGAAUACUGUGAAUUCUGUAUCUAUUUCUAGCGAGAAAGAAUUUUGCACUAGGAAAAACAUGAAUGCUGAGUCCUACACACUUCAUCUCUCUGCUGAGGAAAAUGGUGGUUCUGGAAAGGAAUGCAGCUACUAUAUGUGGAAGCAAAAGUUUCCUGUGAGGUUGGAAAAUGUGGUGGAAAGGAGAGAGGAUGUGGAGGAGUGGGUUGUAACAUUAGCCUUUCCAAAUCAGGAGAGGCUUCAUAGGGGAAGGAGCUUACCUGGGGUCUAUUCAUUUCUUCCCACAGAGAUGGUCACUAAUUUUCCCUUUAUAAUUCAAGCAGAUUUUGUCCUGGCCUCAUCAAGGGAGACAAUUCUCUUGGACAAUAAGUGGAACCAAGGGAUACUGGAAUGUGUUCCAUCAGCUUUUAUGGGUGCAUUGAGAACACUUGUCAUUGGAUCAGAUCAAGCUCCAAUAUUCAGUUUACCCCCCUUCUUCAGGUUCCUUCCCACUGAUAGUUCUCCUUUUGAAAAGUUAAAUUGUGUGAGGGAGAAAAUCAAACAAAAAAUGCUUCAAGAAAGCAUUAUUCCUAUUGAGACAUACAAGGAGCAGAAGCACUUCUAUAAGCCUUGUGAAGUUGGCAGGCUACUGCCCGAAUUCUGGGACAUUUUGGCUGAGGCUCAGGAAGAAGGAGUAUACUUGCAUAACCUGUCAUCUCACAAUGGGAGGAAAAUCUUGAGUUCUUCAUUUGAUAAAACUGAGUAUGAUCACAUUCUCAACUUUUUAGAGGUAAAAGAAGUUGACACUGAUUGGUAUGCAAAGUGCAUCCAAAGUUCUAAUCUUGUGGAUGGAGUACCAGAUGUUGUUUAUCUGAAGCUUUUACUGUUUAUUGCCACAAAUUGGUUCAGAUUUAAAAGCUCCAACAUGAUGGACAUUCCAUUAAUUAAAUAUGUGGAUUCUGACGGGAAAUUGUCCCAUUUCACUCUUGAUCAAUGCAACAACCGCUAUGGGGCCAAGCAAAUAGUCCUAGCAGAUCCAAGUCCAUCUUGUCCUUGCUCUUGGCUGAUUGAUUGGAACGGCGAAUUUGAAUGUAAAACCUCCCGAUUUUUUAUGCCAGAAGUAACACAACAAGCUAUCUUGUGUUCGCCCCGCAGGCAGACUUUGUUGGAAUGGCUAGAAAAUCAGGUUCAUGUUACUACUUUGAAGGUGUACACUUUUGCAAAAGUCCUUUGUAGUUCUAUAAAAAGUAACUCCAAGCUUGCCAUUAAAUAUACUCAUUUCUUAUAUCACUCUUUCUCAAAGAGAUAUUUAUCAGACAGUGAGGUUAAUGAUUUGUGUCGUUCCAUGCCACUUGUGGACAACUAUGGACAUGUGACUGAAUGCAGAAAAGGAGUUCUUGUGCCUGCAAAUGUGAGCAAAUGGGCAGACUUGAUUGUUUCCAAUCCAUGGAGAAAUGAAAAUUAUGUUGAGCUGGGAAAGGAGUACCUGAAUCCAUCUCAUUAUGCAGGCCAAUACACUGGUUCUGGGAAGCUCAUAGAAUUCCUCAAAAAUCAUGUUGAGGCUUCUGAUAUACCUUAUAUAUACCCUCCAAAUGCUGGGUUUUCUGCUGUUGAUACACCACUUACCAAAGGCAAUGCCUUUUUGCUUUUGGAUUGGAUUCGAAACCUGAAGUAUAGAGGUGUGCAUCUACCAGAGAGGUUCUUGAAAUGCAUAAAGGAAGGAAGUUGGCUUAAAGUUACUGCCAUUGGAUGGAGGCCACCUUCAAAAUCCUUCUUAAUUGGCUCAUCAUUGGGAAGAAUUUUGCAAAGUGGUUCUGUUCUUGUUGAUAUUCCACUGAUUGAUGAGAGCUUCUAUGGGAAUCAAAUAAAUGGGUACAAGGAGGAGUUGAAAACAAUUGGGGUGAUGUUCAGUUGUGAGGAAGCAUGUCAAUUCAUUGGAAGAGAACUAAUGUCUCGUGCAGCUUCUUUUACUUUAAGCAGUAGUCAUAUUCUUUUGAUGCUUGAAUUCAUCCAACAUCUGAGGCAAAAUUAUCUUCCUUUAGACGAUUUUGUCAACAGCAUCAAAGAGGAAAGUUGGCUAAGGACAUCUAAUGGUCUCAGGUCUCCUAUAGGAUCUGUAUUGUAUGAUUCAGGAUGGCAAGUUGCUUCACAAAUUAGUGCUAUCCCUUUCAUUGAUAAGGGCUAUUUUGGUGAGGAAAUUUAUAAUUUUAAAGAGGUGCUCGAGUUGUUGGAUGUUGUAGUUGGCUUCAAUGGAAACUACCAAGUUAUUAUUGACCAUUUAAAAUCACCCUCAGAUUUGGUCAAUAUGACAGCUGAGGCUGUUCUUUUGAUAAUGGAAUGUAUACGAUUCUCGCGUGCCUCUAGUAAACUCAUAAACCCACUCAGGGGAACAAACUGCUUGAAGACAAACAUGGGUUUCAAAGCACCAGAUGAAUGUUUUUUGUAUGAUCCUGUAUAUGGCUGCAUUUUGGAGGUAUUCGAUGGUCUUCCUGUGAUAAAUAGUAAAUUCUAUGGAGAGAAAAUUUUCACAUACAAGGAUGAAUUGAAGCAAAUGGGAGUGGUGGUUGACUUUAUGGAGGCUAUCCAAAAAGUUGAGCAUCUCUUCAAACAGAAGGCGUCAGAGACUUCCUUAAACCCACAGAAUGUUCUAUCAUUUCUUUCAUGCUGCAGGUUGCUGAAGGGAACUGGAUGUGAAUUCCCUUCCAGUUUCUCAUUAAUCAUUGGUGAUAUGAAGUGGUUACAAACUGUGGUUGGUGAUCAUAGGCGUCCAAGAAAAUGCAUUCUAUAUGGUCCAGAGUGGAAAGCCAUCUCUUCAAUAGCUCGUCUCCCUUUCAUUGAUGAAAGUGACAAUUGCUACGGUAAGGGAAUACAUGAAUAUAAGGAAGAGCUGAAGAGCAUUGGUGUUGUUACUCAACUGAAAGACGGGGUGAAGUUUCUUCCUAAAUACUUGAAUUUUCCUUCAGAUCCUUCCACUAUUACUCCUGAGAGUGUGUUUUCAUUGCUAGAAUGCAUCCGUGUUCGAAUGCAAGGGGGCAUUCUCUCCAUUGGAGAUGACUUCAAGAAAAAAAUGUCUAGAAAUUGGUUGAAAACACAUGCUGGUUAUAGGCCUCCAGAAAAGUGUUUGUUGUUUGAUUCCGAGUGGAAUUUGUACCUCAAGCCAACUGAUGGGCCUUUCAUUGAUGAGGGUUUUUAUGGACAUGAAAUUGCUUCUUACAAGAAAGAACUCAAUGCAAUUGGAGUCACCAUUGAUGUUGAAAAAGGGUGCUUCUUGGUCGCUAGUCACCUUGACUCUCUCUCUGAUGAUGACACCAUUGUGCAAAUAUAUAGGUACUUGAGUGAACACAAGUGGAAACCUGAGAAAAAGGCUUCCAGAAAGAUUUGGAUUCCAGAAAGUGCAAAGUGGGUCCAUUCUGGACAAUGUGUCAUACAUGACCAGGAUAAUCUCUUUGGUUCAAAGUUUUAUGUUCUGGGGGAUAUUUAUGAAGAGAAGAUUCUUCAAUUUUUCUCUAUUGCCAUGGAAGUCCGGAACAAACCCUCACUUGAUGAUUAUGUCAACCUUUGGAAUGAUUGGGAGAGUUCAGUGGAACAGUUGUCAUAUGACAAGUGCUGUAAGUUCUGGAUGUUUAUGUUGAAACAUUCAACAAAAAAAACCGGGGAGAAACUUUCUGACUGCUUAGAGAAACUUUCUGACUGCUUAGAGAAACUGCCUGCAACAUCAGGCAACAAUGAGAUAUUUUUGUUAGAUAAGAAUGAUGUUUUUAUUCCUGAUAACCUUCAUCUGAAAAAGCUUUUUGAGCAGGAGAAAGUCUUUGUCUGGUAUCCUCAAAACUUGGCACCAGUAUCCAGGUGUGAAUUGUUUGACAUGUACAGAAAAAUUGGUGCUAGAAAUAUCUCUGAAUCUCUAUGCAAGGAAGAGUCAUCCUUACUCAAUGGUGUUCAACUCAAGCAGGUUAAUCCUGAUAGUAUUUGUAAUGUAAAGGGAUUGGUUAAGCUUAUUCUUGGUUUUCUUUCUUGUUCUAGCCUAAAAAUGGAACCAAACAGGAGGCAUGAAGCUGUUCAAGCUCUACUCAACCUGAGUUUUUUUGAGACUAUGGAUUCAGUCACUGUAAGUUACAGUUUGAAACUAUCAUCAGGGAAAAUCAUUACCAAAACUGCAGACAGAAUGGUACAGUGGGAAAGGCAAAGUUCCAAGUUUUUCACCGAAUUGAACUGGCAAAAUGGCAAUGCAAGUUUAAUAAAAUAUGCCACAUAUUUCUCAGAAGCCAUAUCAGAGGGCAUUUUGUGCGAGAAUCAUGAUCAUGUUCCUGCACUCUCUGAGCUCAUCACAUUAGCUUUUCUGCUGAAAUUCAACAAUGAAGAAAUUGAAUUUCUUAUGGAGUCCAGGAACUUGCACUGUGAGGAUGAUGAGUUCCUCAAUUCUUCCUUCCCAUCUGAUUAAGUCUUCUCCAUUGGUUUUAAAAUGCUUUAAUUCAGUUACUAAGCAUAUGCCUAUUCAUAAAUUAUGCUUCUGAGGUUUCUUGUUACUUUGUUAGUGGUAUGUGAUUACUUAAUGAUAUAAAGUAAAAUGUAGUAUUGAACGUUAAGACUUGAAGAAUUAUUAGUUGCUCAAUUUCAUGAUCAAUGCUUU